UUAGGUACAACACGAAUUGAACGCUGUGAUAAUCGAAGCAUCCUUAACAAUAAAGAAAAAAAAGAAAAAGAAAAGAAAAAUCUAUGCUAAUGCGUUAUGUAACAGAGUCCUUUAAAAAAAUAGUCACGUCUAUAUAAAAAUGGACACCCCCUUUCUUUCUUUUUGACAAAUACUAUGUUUCGACAGAUCGUCUCACUUACACCAUGUCAACGUCAAAAAGCUUUUUGUUUUUCUCGAUUGGCACCUCUAGUCUAUAAACGUUGGAACUCAAAAAGUACAACUGAGAAACUAAAAGGUGCUAACCCAAGUAAAAACAUUGAUUUGACCAUGUUUCCCGCCGAAAAUAUUAGAAAUUUCAGUAUUAUUGCACAUAUUGACCAUGGCAAGAGUACUUUGGCAGACAGGUUACUUGAAUCAACAAAUACAAUCUCAGCAACUGGAUCAAACAAACAAGUGUUGGAUAAAUUAAAAGUUGAGCGAGAACGUGGCAUUACAGUCAAAGCACAAACAGUAUCCAUGUUCUACAACUAUAAAGGAAAAAACUAUUUAUUGAAUCUGAUUGAUACACCGGGACAUGUUGAUUUUAGCUAUGAAGUAUCUCGAUCAUUAGCAGCAUGCCAAGGCACACUUUUACUUGUGGAUGCAGCACAAGGUAUUCAAGCACAAACAGUGGCUAAUUUCUAUUUAGCCUUUGGUGAAGGGCUAGAAAUCAUACCCGUCUUGAAUAAAAUUGAUCUUCCAGGAGCAGAACCUGAACGUGUCAAGAAACAAAUUCAAAGUGCAUUUGAGCUAGACACAAGCUCGAUUUUACAAAUAUCGGCUAAAUCAGGCAUUCAUAUUGACCAAGUGUUACCCAACGUGAUUGAGAAAGUACCACCGCCCAUUGGACAGAUAGAUAAACCUUUCCGAGCAUUGUUGUUUGAUUCAUGGUAUGAUAAAUAUGUAGGUGUGGUCUGUAUGUUGGGUAUGAAGGAUGGUGUGAUUCGAAAGGGUGAUAAAGUGAUAUCUGCUUACUCAGGCACAAAAUAUGAAGUGACUGAAGUAGGUAUCAUGCAUCCAGAACAAGUACCUACUGGUUAUCUACAUGCAGGUCAAGUAGGCUAUAUUGUAUGCGGCAUGAAAAGUGCCUCUGAAGCCCACAUUGGUGAUACAUUUUAUCAUGUGGGAUCCAAUGUGGAAGUAUUGCCUGGCUUUCAACCUGCUCAAUCAAUGGUGUUUGCUGGUAUUUUCCCGGUGGAUACCAAUGAUUUUCGCAAAUUAGACGACAAUAUCAAGAAAUUAACACUGAAUGAUGCUAGUGUCACUGUACACAAAGAAACAAGUCAUGCAUUAGGACAAGGUUGGAGACUAGGUUUUCUUGGUACAUUACAUAUGGACGUGUUUCGACAACGUUUAGAGAAUGAAUAUGAUGCCAACAUUAUUGUCACACAACCGACUGUACCUUACAAAGUGGUUUAUCGAGAUGGAAGUUCGAAACUAGUGAGAAAUCCUGCUGACUUCCCAGACCAUGAAGAACGAUCUUUUAAGGUAGCUAAACUACAAGAGCCUAUGGUAUUAGCCACCUUGAUUUUCCCUGAUGAAUAUAUGGGAAAAUUAAUUGAGCUGUGUGGGUCCCGUAGAGGUGAACAACUUGAAUAUGUUUAUGUUGAUGAAACACGUGUCAUGAUGAAAUACAGACUACCACUGGCGGAAGUUGUUACUGACUUUUAUGAUGAAUUAAAGAGUCGAUCUUCAGGCUAUGCUUCAUUUGAUUAUGAAGAAGGAGGAUAUGAAGACAGUGAUUUAGUCAAAAUGAGUGUACUUUUAAAUUCAAAACCAGUAGAUGCGUUAUCUGUCAUUCUUCAUCGCUCUCAAGUCGAAUUUGUUGGGCGAGACUGGGUCAAACGUCUAAAGGGUGUGAUUCAAAGACAGUUAUUUGACGUCUCAAUUCAGACUGCAUUAGGAACAAAGAUUAUUGCUAGAGAAACUGUUUCGGCCUUACGAAAGAAUGUUACAGCUAAAUGUUAUGGUGGUGAUGUUUCUCGAAAAAUGAAAUUAUUACAAAAACAAAAAGAAGGCAAGAAACGAAUGAAAAUGAUUGGCAAUGUUGAGCUCCCUCAAAAAGCAUUUUAUGACUUUAUGGACAAGAGUAAAGCUAACUAAGUUGAUGUCAUAAUGGAUGCAGUAUAGAUUGUGUAAUAAAAGGUUGACAUGUGCUACAAUAUUGAACUCAAAUUAGU